AUGUCUUCCGAAUUGUGGAAACUAUCUUUCGAAGAAUAUAUUAAUAUCCUUGAAUCCAUGAAACAAGAUAAAUUUAUUGCUACAUAUGAUUUUAAUUUGCUUGUCCGUGGAAGCAGAGAUGGGUUUGAAGUAUUGCCAGCGUUAAGGAAUGGAUUUAGCAAUGCUGAAGACAGUUUUGUUUUUUCUUUGGACAAAAACACUAAAAGUUUCAUCUUCAGUAAAGUUAUUGAUAAGGAACAUGCAAUUUAUAACGAGAAUGAAUUUGGUCCAGAAUUUGGAGAUGGUAAAGCUGAUUUAGGAUUGUUUAACCCCAUUUAA